CAUUAUGAGACAAGACCAUCUACACCUCCAGUAUAUUACAGUAAAGUAGCUUAUACUUAAAGCCUCCAUAAUAUGCCUAUCAGUCUCCAAUACCACGUAGCAGACGUUUUCACCUCUACUGUGUUCGCGGGAAACCAGCUCGCCAUCAUCCAUCUUCCAAAUAGCUCGACUUUAAGUGAAGUUCAGAAGCAACAGAUCGCGAUCGAAUUCAAUUACUCUGAGUCUAUAUUCAUCCGCAAGGCCGACGUCCUAGACCUUGAAUCUGAGGGCAGCGACGCACCAGUAGCUUACGAAGUCGACAUCUUCACUCCCCAAUCUGAGAUCCCAUUCGCUGGCCACCCAAUCAUCGGUGUCGCAUGCCAUGUCUUUGAGAAGCUCCUCACAGACAAGACUACUGCCACCCUCAUCGCAAAAGCCGGCCUGAUCACUAUAUCUUACGACCACAGCAAGGGUGUUGCCCAGGCAUCGGUGCCACACAAUUACCACCUACAUCGCAACUCAUCUUCACUCGCACAAGUGGAAUCUCGCCUACGCACUGUUCAGUCAGGUCUCAAUCAGCAACUCAAGGUGCAUCGCAUGGCUCUCGUGUCAAUUGUCAAAGGAAUGACCUUCCUCCUCGUCGAACUUGAGUCUGUGGAAGUACUGUCCACCAUUAGGGUCACGUCUGCAGACCCGGUCUCUCCUGAAGACCUGGAUGACUGCUGGACGCCCACACUCAUUGGCUCACUGUUCUACGUAAUGCCGAAGAGAGGGAAUGAUGGAGUGUUAAGGGCUCGACAGAGGAUGAUUGCGCUGAGGCUGGAGGACCCGGCGACAGGCAGUGCGAGUAGUGCACUGGCGUGUUAUUUGAGUCUGCAAAUAGGAGGAGAAGGGCAGAGAUAUAAGUUCGAACUAGAACAGGGUGUAGAGAUGGGGAGGAGGAGUGUGAUUGGGGUCGAGGUUGAAUUGGAUGGAGAGGGGAAGCAGGUGAAGGAAGUCGUGCUCAAAGGUCAAGCAAAGCAUGUUAUGAAGGGAGAGUUGGUGGUGUGAAGAAUAACAUUGAGGACGAAACCCCGUAACCAUGUACUCGUUUGUUCUCGACAUGCACUAGCGGGUGGCGCAUUUGUCAUGAGAUCUAUUUUCAAUGCAAACUUUUGGGCUUGCUGAGAGCGAUACGGAUGUUACGACUUAAGCAAAUGGCCACACUUGUCAAUACUUUCUUCCCUCCGGUGUUCAGUUGUAGAUGUCCUUGUCAAGGGCAGACAAGCCUACCUCAAUACUAGCAACUCCUAUAUUAAAGCUGAUACUAGACUUUCAAGGAUACUAGUAGGAUACGAUGGGCCUAAACAUCGCGCUGAAGGUGGACAGUACGUCGGUGAGGGAGAGAUAUUAUGUAUGGAAGAC